CCCCUCCACACACGAAAUGACGCGCCCCGGCCUCGUGCUCGCAGUCGUGGUGAUGAUGGCCGCUCUGACGUCAGCGAUGUCGAUGCCGCAAGGACGUCUCAAGUACUCUGAUCGAGAGCUGGUUGCCGAACUCGCCGCCCAGAUCGUGCGCGUGACGGGCGGCCCCUGGUCCGUCCUCGCCGCCGCCGCCGCCCCCCAGAAGCGCAACUCCGAACUCAUUAACUCGCUCCUUGGACUCCCGAAGGUCAUGAACGACGCUGGAAGGAGAUAA